AUGUUGCCUGAUAGCAGGAAGAGGCGGAGGGACAAUGAUGUCUCCCAGCUCCCGCAGUCAAAGAGGAGCAGCCGGAGUCCCACGUUGCAGGAGUGGGAGGCGGAAGCGGAGUCUUCAGGAAGCGACAGCAGCAACAGCAACUUCAGCCUGGACAGAAGCAGCGUCUCGGACCACCUCCAGACUGUGGGCAGCUCAGGCCCCGCCACCCCGCAGCCGGUGUCCACCCCCGAGCAGUCCGCUCUCAAUCAGGGACCCUACGUACACAUCAAUCAGAUCCUGAAAGAGGCCCACUUUGCCAGUUUACAGCAGCGAGGUUGCCCCUCGUCCUGA